ACAAAUGAGCAAUGGGGGGCGCGCGAGUAUGACGAAGAGGCGUCAAUUACACAGACUGUGGAAGAGUGAGGAAGGAUCCUUUGUUGGGUGCAGACAAUAAAAUAAGAAGACGACAUGUUCAAAGUCUUCGCAGUCGCUGCUUUGCCUUGGUCACCACUUUUACUAUUACAACCUCCUCUCCCCUUCCUCUUCCUUUUCACAAUGAAGUUGCAGUUGCCGACUUCUCCAACUCUUCACACUUUCACUCUCUCCUUCUCUCUGCUUUCUCCAUGGAAUUCGCUUUGGCAUCCACUACUAAGUAGCCUUCUCCAUCUCCAUCUCUCUCACUCUCAGGUCUAGAUUCUUAGGCAUGGCUGCUUUUGAAAAAGACGAUAUACCAAUGCUAUCAAACACUGAUCCACCAAUAUUUGACGAACAAAUGGAUUCUUAUUUUCCUUCAUAUGCAUCCUUGGGCCGGAGUUCAUCACUAUCAAUUCCAGCAAAUUCUUCUGGGAUGUAUAGUAGCGAAGCAAAUCUUGUUGGUCAUACUGGUCCCCUACGAAUCGAAAGAAGUUCAUUCGCGGUGAGUGGUUCAAAAAAUACUGACAGUAAGCCCAAAAAACUUUCGCAGUCAAAGCCAGGAGUGACUGAAAGCAAGACAGCAGAGCCGCUGGCAGAAAAAUUUCCUUCGUUCAAGAUUGUAGAUGAUCCUGAUUGGUCCAUUCAUAACUAUGCCGGUAGGAACGAACACUUAAUAAAGUCUGGCCAGCUGGGAUUGUGUAAUGAUCCUUUCUGUAUAACUUGCCCAACAUAUAAUUCCAAAGUAUCACAACAGAAAAGCUCAAGAAUAUCAGGCAUAUUUGACGCCAAGUUUCAUAGUGAUCUCUAUGGAGGAGGAAAAGGAUGGGCGGGGAAGUUUCAGUCCUUCUGGUGCUUCUUGCUUUCAUAUAUUCCUGGUGUUAUGAAUCCUCAUGCAAAAGUUGUUCAGCAAUGGAACAAGUUUUUUGUCAUUUCUUGCUUGUUGGCAAUCUUUUUGGACCCGUUGUUUUUCUUCUUGCUGUCUGUCCAAGAGAAGAAUAAGUGCAUCGUUAUUGACUGGCCUUUGACCACAACCUUGGUGGUCUUCCGGAGCAUGACUGAUUUUAUCUAUUUCCUACACAUGCUUCUUCAGUUUAGGUUGGCCUAUGUAGCACCAGAAUCCAGAGUUGUUGGUGCUGGCGAAUUGGUUGACCAUCCGAAGAAAAUUGCCAUGAAUUACCUUAAAGGAAAUUUUUUUAUAGAUUUGCUUGUUGUUUUGCCGCUGCCUCAGAUCAUAAUUUUUUUAGUCCUGCCAAAGUCUUUGGGGUCAUCUGGAGCAAACUACGCCAAAAAUCUAUUACGCACUGCAGUUACUGUUCAAUAUAUUCCCAGACUGUAUAGGUUUCUACCUCUUCUCGCUGGCCAGUCUCCAAGUGGCUUUGUAUUUGAGACAGCAUGGGCAAAUUUUGUCAUCAAUCUUUUGACCUUUAUGUUGGCUGGUCAUAUUGUUGGGUCUUUCUGGUAUCUUCUGGGGCUUCAGAGGGUGACUCGAUGUUUUCGAGAUGCCUGCAAUAAAACUGGAAAUAGAAGCUGCUUGGAAUAUAUAGAUUGUGGGCAUGGGGAUGAAUCUAGGAGUCAGUUUCUGGAUCCACAUCGGGAUUCAUGGAAACAUAAUGAGAAUGCUACGGCAUGUUUCAGCAAUGAAGGUUUCGGUUAUGGAAUCUACCUUCAGGCUGUAAACCUUACCACAGAAAAGAGUAUAUUGACGAGAUAUACUUACUCAUUAUUUUGGGGAUUCCAGCAAAUCAGUACUCUGGCUGGGAACCAAGUUCCAAGCUAUUAUGUCUAUGAAGUCCUUUUCACUAUGGGUAUUAUUGGGCUUGGUCUAUUGCUGUUUGCUCUUCUCAUUGGGAAUAUGCAGAACUUUCUCCAGGCUCUUGGAAGAAGGAGGUUAGAAAUGUCACUACGACGUCGUGAUGUUGAGCAAUGGAUGGAGCAUCGUCGCUUACCAGAGAAUUUAAGAAGGCAAGUACGACAGGCUGAAAGAUACAACUGGGCUUCUACAAGAGGAGUAAAUGAAGAGAGAAUUUUUGAAAAUUUGCCUGAGGACCUACAAAAAAACAUAAGACGGCAUCUUUUUAAAUUUGUCAACAAGGUUCGCAUUUUUGCACUGAUGGACUAUGAACCUAUUUUAGACGCAAUACGUGAGAGACUGCGACAAAAGACAUACAUAGAAGGAAGUGAAGUUUUUUCUGCUGGAGAUACCAUUGAGAAGAUGGUUUUCAUCGUACGGGGGAAAAUGGAGAGCCGUGUAGAUGGAAACGGGAUUGUGGUUCCCUUAUCUGAAGGAGAUGUCUGCGGUGAGGAACUUCUAACAUGGUGUCUUGAGCAUUCCUCCAUAAACAAAGAUAUGAAGCGGCAGCAAGUUCCAGCGCCUAGAUUGGUAAGCAACCGGACAGUAAGAUGCUUAAGUAAUGUUGAAGCAUUUUCUCUCCGGGCUGCAGACCUUGAAGAAGUGACUAGUAUGUUUUCUAGAUUCUUGCGAAACCCACGUGUUCAAGGAGCCAUAAGGUACGAAUCACCGUACUGGAGGUACCUAGCUGCAAUGCGUAUUCAAGUAGCUUGGAGAUACAGGAAAAGGCGUCUAUCUCGAGUUCAAACCUCUCAAUCUAACUAAUUCCUUAAGGGAGACCCCUUUUGUGGAAAGAUAAGUAUUGCGUUAUACAUCGGUCAGCUUGAGUUCCAAUCAACUCUUUGAAUGUGAUAAUUUUAUUCGUCCUUUUCUUUUAAUCUAUUAAUCCUAAUUUAACUAAAAAGUCUAUCAUAUGGUAAAGUUAAUAGGAGCUCCUGCACAUUGGUGCUAAGACAGUAGUUGUAACUUUAGUCCAGUGUCAUGCCAAAAGUAUAUUUUAUUCUUUAGUUUAUUGAAACUUUUGUGGCAAGCGAAAGUGUUAGAUUAGGUACUUUUGCCUCAAUUAGUUGACUAAGAAGUAAUUUGUAAAACCAAACAAGUGAGUGAUUUAUAUCUGAAUUUUUUUUACGAAAAAUGUUUAUAAUUAAUGGGAUGGUUUCUUUUUUCA